UCCGCCCCUCCUUUUCUCCUAUCCCACUUCACCCGGCACUACUCACUUCCUAGGAGGCUCCAAGAACCACUCCAACUAUGGCAUCUGGUGCUGUGUUCCUGCUCACAGCUCCCCUUUGAGAAGAACUGUGGAACAGAUCACCUCUGUGAGGACGACCUUGGCAUUACCUUCAAUUUCUCUGGCCUACAGACUAUGGUGGUUGGGAAUGAUCUGGAGUUGAAUGUGACAGUGACGGUGACAAAUCAGGGGGAAGAUUCUUACAGGACCAUGGUGACCUUCUUAUAUCCCCCAGGACUGUCCUAUCGACGAGUAUCAGUGACCCAGAGCUGGCAUCCUCGGCAAUCUGUGCGUCUUGCAUGUGAGGCAGCAGCGCCAGAGAACAAGGCCCUGAAAGGUACUGGCUGCAGCAUCAAUCACCCCAUCUUCCAGGAAGCAGCUAAGGUCACUUUUGUAGCCACAUUUGAUAUCUCUCCCACUGCCACCCUUGGAGACAAAAUGCUCAUGAAAACUAAAGUGAGCAGUGAAAAUAACACACCUAAGUCCAACAACACCACCUUUCAGCUGGAGGUACCAGUGAAGUAUGCUGUCUACUUGGUAAUCAGCAGCAAGGAAGAAUCCACUCAGUACUUAAAUUUCUCUGCUUCCGAGGAGAAGAAAAGCCAAGAGGUCAAGCACAGAUACCAAGUGAACAAUCUGAGUAAGCAGGAUCUGCCCAGCAGCAUUAACUUCUGGGUCCCUGCAGAGCUAAAUAGGAUGAUUGUGUGGGAUGUGACCACAGCCAAUUCCCCCCAGGACUGUUACAUUGCAGUUUGUCUCAAAAUUAGAUGUAAUAUCUCCUCUUUUGGUGUCCAAGAAGAACUUGACUUCACUCUCAAAGGCAACCUCAGCUUUGUCUUGGUCAGCCAACUUGGCUUCUUUAAAUGUCGCUACAAAGAAAUGAUAGAGGAAAAUACCCAGAGUACUCACUUCAGCAAUGAGGUUUCCAACUCUUUGACAGAUGAUUUGCCUACCCCAUAGGAACUGUUUCUCCUGUCAAUCAAUCUUUCCAUAUGAGGGCUAUGUAUGUAUACAACUGUAUUUUCAUUUGGAUAGACCCAGAAAGGAUGUCAAACAUGCAGGGUAAUUUUGUUUUUCUGUCAUAUGCUAUUGUUUUCCCCGAGUAAUGGAAAUUUUGCAUUUUCCUAUGUCUAUCCAUUUUACAAAGGAAGAAACACGUGAAACUCCCUGUAUGCAAAUAGCUGCCAGCUUCACUGUUAGCUCAUGCCACAUUACUACCUGCUAUAUUAAAUGAGAAUGUGAAAUGUA